AUGGGAACCAAUUUGGAAAUGAGAGAAAACAUUAUAAGCAAUUUGGAGACAUCCUUGUUAAAACUACGUGCGAUAUGGACUGAAGUUGGUAUGACAGAGGAACAAAAAGAGGAAAGAAAUCAAGUUGUUAUUAUGCAUAUGGUGUCGUUAUUAGAACAAAUGGUAGACGAGGAAUUGGAUAUGAAAAAUAAAAUCCUUGCCAAUAUUAAAGAAUUUAGUCGUGAAUUGGCCAAGAUUUGUAGUGAAUUACAAGUUCCACAGAUGAAAACUGAUGAGAGCUUAACAUUAUUGGAAAUGGAAAAAUCGUUAAGGACUGAAGUUGAUCGUUUAUCAUUGGAGCGCCAUCUUCGAUUGAAAAAUUUGAAAACUCUUGUCGAUGAUGAGGAUCGUAUUUGUAAACGUUUAGCAAGAUCAUUAAACCCUGAUCGAAUUAUUGGUGUACCGACUGAAAGCAGGCUUAACGAAUACAGCCAGUACGUUGAAACAAUCAAGAAAGAAUUGGAAAAGCGUGAAAGCAUGUUUAUCUCAACGAAAGAAGUUCUGGUUCACCUGUGGGAUGAGUUAGAGGUUACACAAACCGAUGACAAAGAAACAGCCAUAGCAUCAUCUGAUGCCAACAAUUAUGAAUUAUCAGAUAGCAAUAUGGAUUAUCUGAAAGCCUUAAUUACUAAAUAUGAAACUCAAUUGAAAGAAAACGAAGAAAAGACAAACCAGCUUAGACGAGACGUUGAACAUUUAUGGAAUCGGUUAGAUAUCGAAGAAGAGCAACGCGAAGCUUUUAAUGAAGUUACACAUGGAUGUAAACCUUCUGUCAUAACAGCUCUUGAAUUGGAGCUCGAUGCGUUAAAUAAAAUGAAGCUUGAAAAUCUGAAAAAACUGGUUGAAAAAUCAAGACAAGAUUUAAACCAAUGGUGGGAUAAGUGCCAUUUUGAUUCAGAAGAAAGAAUGAAAUUUGAACCAGUUACAUCAGGCGAGACAUCGAAGGACUAUUCGGAAGAUUUACUAAACUUGCACGAAAAUGAAAUUAAAAGAAUCACCGAUUAUUACAGUGAACAUGAGUCUUACUACCAACUUGUUGAACACUGGUACACUCUUUGGAAUAAGUGGCUUGAAUUUGAAGCAAGGGCAAAUGAUCCCAACAGAUUUGGUAAUCGUGGUGGUAGAUUACUUCAAGAAGAAAAAUUACGUCGUGCACUUAAUAAGGAAUUUCCAAAGGUUGAAAAGGAUCUUACGGCGAAGAUGUUAAAGUAUGAAAAGGAAAAAAGUAAACCUUUCUGUAUCGAUGGCCAACGAUUCCUAGAUACUAUCGAAGCUUUAAAGGAAGAACAUAAACUACGAAAAACGCAAGAAAAAAUGGAUAGACAAAUUGCUAAAGAACGUGAAUUACAAAAAGAAUUGACCUAUGGGGCCAAACCAAGUCCAGUUAAGAGGCGAUUUGCUGGCACACCUGUUAAAACACCAACUAUGAAGAAGCAAAAGGUUUCAACCAUGUCAACAGGAAGUGCUCAUAGUCGAGUACAAUCUCGUAUUAACGUACCACAAAGCAGUAAGACUCCAGGAAGAGUUAAAAUGGCUAAAGGUUCUCGGGUUACUCCAGCUAAGACUGCAAGGUCCAAAAAUAUACGUAUUCUUAAAGAAGUGAACAGUAACAGCAACGAAGGCCUUAACUUAUCGGAUUACAAUGAUCCCAAAGGCAUGAUGGCCUAA